AUGACCGAUGCACAGAGGUCUUCCAAGUCGACUCGGAUUGGUCGACGAAAGCGUCAGAGGUCUGCCAAGCAUCCGGCAGACUUCUUCAGAACGCAGUACUAUUUCACGAAGGGCCACGAGCACAUGGGAGAAGCGAUUGAUGUUAACAAGGAGCAAUCGCCUUUCGUCCACCCGCCAUGUUCCCUGAUGUUCUCGUACUUCCAAUACUGGAAAGCCAGGAAACGUUCCGCGGCCAUGGAACGAAGGAAAGGAGUUGCCAGAGACACCCAUAGGAACAAUCUUCUGCGUACCCUUCGUGUAUUGUUGGACGCGAAGAAACACAAAGAUCUGGACGAAGCGAUGGCCAUCACCGAUGUCGAUCCAGGAUUCUUCAAGGCGUUCUCCAACCGAGUGGUCAAGGAGAAAUUCUCUGUGCAGGAGUACGUGGACGAUCUUCGGGAGAUCUUCAAGACUCGACUACUGGCUGGACAAGAAACAGACGAUUGUAUACGUAUUGAACAGCAAUUCGUGGAAGAACAGAAGAGACUGGACAAGAUAAAGGCUCGUUAUAACAGAUACGUCAGCGGUUUCGAGGACUUCCUAUCCAAGGAUCACGAAGCUAGCAUGGACAUCCUGGUCCGGGCGGAGAAGGAGUCAAAGUUGACACGUGAACUGACCAACACAAGGAACCAACUGUUCCGAGAGUUCGGCCAGGUCAGAUUAGACGUCUAUCUAUGGGAGGAGAACUGGAGGACCGUGAAGAUGUGCCAGAGGUUCCUGUACCAAGUGGCGCCUGUGUCCUGGCGGCAGGAACACGACUGGAUCCAUCGAUCCGAUUCCGGGGAGACAAUCAUCUCCGCGAGUACCGACAAUUUAUUCGGUCGGUACCGAAUGGCCGACGAGGUUGCUUCGUUGGACACUUUGAUAGAAUUGUUCGAGGAGGACAUCGAGAGUGCUCGUCCGACCGAGAUAUACUUCGAGGAUCCAUCCGAUUUGAUCCGAGUAUUCAGAGCGAUCGAAACGCAGAAUCUGAACGCACUGAUCCACGUGGAGUCACUGGCGGAGCCGAUGAGCCACAUGAUGAUGACGAUCGAGUCUGCAGAGGAGCAGAUCAAGACGGAAGUCGAGGAGAUCAAGAACGCUAUUCACGAUCUUCAAAUUGCCAUAUACAAAUUGGAGUCAAGAGCCGAGGAUCUGAAGAGCCACGCGAACAAGCUUCUGGGCGGAGCGUUUCGCGAAGCUGUGUGCGCUGAGGAGGUCCUAAGGUUCCAGGUGUUCAUCGAGGACACGUUCGAGAGCUGCAUCGGCCCGAACGACGCGAAUCUGGACAGUUUCUCGAUGAUGAAGUGGAUCGAGAAGACACACGAGGAUCUGAAUCUGGAGCUGGACACGCUGCGGCCAGAGGUGGUGAAGGCUUGCGAGAAGGAGGGCUUCAGGCAGGAGCUCAGAGCAAUGAGGGAAACGGAGGCGGCUGCUAGAAAGUUCGAGCUUAUGCAUCGGUUGCUGGCUUCCCUGAAGCGUGUCAUGGAGCCGCCGGUGAUAAAGCACCGUCCCCUGACGCGUCGUUCCGAGCCAGCGACUCAAAGGGUCAAGCCAACGCCGCCACCACCGGUGCCGACCGAGGAGGAGUGGCAAUAUUUGACCUUUUUCACCAACUACUGCAAGCAGGAGGAUUUCACCGCCUAUCGUACCGAGUUCCCGGACGAUUUCGAUUUAACGUUCCAGCCCAAACAGCUUCAGGAAGCUGAUCAGGAGAGCGGCGACAGCGCUGAAAGCAGCGUCAAAGACGACGCUACGGAGAGCUGA